AUGACUACAACAACAGUGACCGUCGGGCCCAAUCAAGACGAUGCCAAUAAUUCCUUUUUGCUGUUUGUGGUUGGAUUCUUCUUUGGUAUUGUUUGGAUUGUGAAUUAUAUAAUGUAUCGAAAUUCACCAAAUGCUCAAGCUCAACAAUAUGCCAAGUACAGUCUCUAUGCAUUCAUCAUUUGUUUGGUAUUAAGCGCCGCAAUUUUUUCCGUAACCAUCUUUAUUUCAAUUAUUUCUGUGGUCGUCAGAGUGUAA